AUGGGGCCGCCGGGGGAUGGGGCCGCCGGGGUCUCAGACUCUACUGGUGCCUCGGGGGAUGGGGCUGCCGGGGUCUCAGACUCUACUGGUGCCUCGGGGGAUGGGGCUGCCGGGGUCUCAGACUCUACUGGUGCCUCGGGGGAUGGGGCUGCCGGGGUCUCAGACUCGACUGGUGCCUCGGGGGAUGGGGCUGCCGGGGUCUCAGACUCGACUGGUGCCUCGGGGGAUGGGGCCGCCGGGGUCUCAGACUCGACUGGUGCCUCGGGGGAUGGGGCCGCCGGGGUCUCAGACUCUACUGGUGCCUCGGGGGAUGGGGCCGCCGGGGUCUCAGACUCUACUGGUGCCUCGGGGGAUGGGGCCGCCGGGGUCUCAGACUCUACUGACGCCUCGGGGGAUGGGGCCGUCGGGGUCUCAGACUCUACUGGCGCCUCGGGGGAUGGGGCUGCUGGGGCUUCAGAGUCGACUGGUGCUUCAGGUGAUAAGGCCACUGGGGUUUCGGGUGAUGGGGCCACCGGGGUUUCAGAGUCGACUGGUGCUUCGGGUGAUGGGGCCGCCGGGGUUUCAGAGUCGACUGGUGCUUCAGGUGAUAAGGCCACUGGGGUUUCGGGUGAUGGGGCCGCCGGGGUCUCAGACUCUACUGGCGCCUCGGGGGAUGGGGCCGCCGGGGUCUCAGACUCUACUGGCGCCUCGGGGGAUGGGGCCGCCGGGGUCUCAGACUCUACUGGCGCCUCGGGGGAUGGGGCCGCCGGGGUCUCAGACUCUACUGGCGCCUCGGGGGAUGGGGCCGCCGGGGUCUCAGACUCUAUUGGCGCCUCAGGGGAUGGGGCUGCUGGGGCUUCAGAGUCGACUGGUGCUUCAGGUGAUAAGGCCACUGGGGUUUCGGGUGAUGGGGCCGCCGGGGUUUCAGAGUCGACUGGUGCUUCAGGUGAUAAGGCCACUGGGGUUUCGGGUGAUGGGGCCGUCGGGGUUUCAGAGUCGACUGGUGCUUCAGGUGAUAAGGCCACUGGGGUUUCGGGUGAUGGGGUCGCCGGGGUUUCAGAGUCGACUGGUGCUUCAGGUGAUAAGGCCACUGGGGUUUCGGGUGAUGGGGUCGCCGGGGUUUCAGAGUCGACUGGUGCUUCAGUCGACUGGUGCUUCAGGUGA